GAAUGGGUGUUAUGAACUGUAAAGAGAUGUCUUAGCUAACGAAAGACAGGCGAUUAUAAGCAAGGGUUUGCCAUUUAAGAUUCUGUGACCAAGAUGCCUGGCUGCAAGAAAAAAAGGGAGAGUGUCUCAACUGUGAUAGAUCCCAAUGCCUGUGCUUUCUGCAAUCUUUCUGAGGACAAUGAAGAAACAUUUGGCAAAAUGAUUAAAAAGUGCAACCUCACUGUCCAUUACUUCUGCAUGCUGUUUUCCAGUGGUUUGAGCCAAGGGGGCAAGUCAGAAAAGGAGGGAAUCUUUGGCUUCAUGCCUGAAGACAUAAUGAAGGAAGUGCGCCGAGGAGCAAGAUUGCGCUGUACAUACUGUAAACAAAAGGGUGCAACUAUCGGCUGCGUAGUUGGAGCUUGUCGACGUGUCUUCCACUUUGGAUGUGGAAAAACUAGUGGUACAAUGCACCAGUACUAUGACUCUUUCAGAUCGUUUUGUGAGGAUCAUAGGCCUCGACAGAUGGUGUCUGUCAGUGACCGCCUAGCAUUCUAUGGUACUGCCAACACAACCUGUGCUAUCUGCAUGACAUCUGUAGAGACAAGAGCAUCCAAUGAAACUCUGCGAGCUCCUUGCUGUCAUAAUUCCUGGUUCCACAGAUCCUGUAUUUCGAAACAUGCAAUGACAGCAGGUCUGUACUUCUUUAAGUGUCCGCUGUGUAACAACAAAGAGAUAUUCCAGGAAGAGAUGCUCAAGUUUGGUAUCUACCUUCCAGACCAGGAUGCUGCUUGGGAGACAGAACCUGAUGCGUUUCGUGACUUACUAGAGCGAUACCUUCACUGUGAUGCCAAACAUUGUCAUUGUCCUAAGGGCAGGGACUACAAUCAGGAUGGGCAGAAGUGGGAGAUCAUCGUAUGUAGCUGGUGUGGAUCACAGGGAUCACAUGUAGGUUGUCACAGUCUGUCCAAGGUUGGCAGGGACAAUGUCUGCCAAGAUUGUAAGACUGUUGAAAUGAAAAUUUCUAAAGGAAAGAAGAAAACUGUGACAAAAGAGCAGUCUCCUGAUGCAUCAAAUAAAAAUGUGAAAGUAGAUUUGGAUAGUAAAUGUAAAAGUGAAUACCCUGGCAAGUCUGAUAAACUGAUUAAGAAAAGCCUUCCCGCAAGAUCUUCAACACUUUCUUCCCCACCUGCCUCCAGUGCUUUAUCACCAGGUACUGUGCUGCGUCUGUCAUACGAGGAGACAGAUGAUGAAUUAAAUGUAGUGGAUUCAAUAGACUGUCAGCCUUCAACUUCCAACGAAUACGACACAGGUGAACCAUCAAAGUCCCAGCAAAAAAAGCGUAAGAAGAGUAUAAAAAAUACCACAUCGAAACGACAAAAGAUAUCUGAGGAUGUGUUGUCUGUUGUUGGUGAGACUGUAGAAAGUAGGUCACCUCGCAGGCUGCAACCUUCAGCUACCAUUCCCAACCCUAAACCAACCCAAGUUUCUCCCGUUAAAAGUAAUGUCAGGCAGUCAGCCCUUGAUAUACAAUUGAAGAGAGCCCGCACUGGGUUUAAGAGAACAAGAUCUGUAGGACUAACUACAGCUGAUGCCCUCAGACUGGAAAAGAUUGGGACAGACUCUAAGAUAAAAAUGAAAAAAUCCAUAUCCAAAUGCGUGGUAAUAUCUCCUAAGAAAAAGAGCUAUAAACAAAACCCAUGGAAUUAUUGUAAAGGCUGCUUUUCUAAAAAAAAAUCUAGGGCAGCAAAGAAGAAAUCUAUCAUGGAGUUAAAGGCCUCAAGUGAAAGCAGUGAUGUAAAGUCUCCUUUUAAGCAUUUCAUGCGAUCUAAAAAUAGUAAAGGACAGUUUUGCAGAAGCAGGUCUGGCUCAUCAAACAAACAGUGUGUAGCUAAAAAUGAUAUCUUGAACAUAUCUAGCACAAGUAGUUGUAUUGAAGAUAGUGAAAUGUCUGAUGAUGAUAGUCCAGUCAGAGUCAACACAGCAGUGAAAAGCAAGGGACUUCUCCGGGCUUUAUUGACAAGCGGGACAGAAUCAGAAUGUGACAAAAGUGGAAACAAGAGCUCAAGCUCAAAACCUCAAAAUGCUCAAGUUAAAAGACAGCCAAGUGAACAUAUUCCGAAAACAUCCAAAAAGACAAAAAGCAAAAAAUCCCAAAAGUCCAACAUUUCUCCCGGCCAGAUGUCAAUCACAAAUUGGUUGACAGGAAUGAAUGGUCCUAAAGGAGAAGGAUUACAAACAGUUAUUGGAACAGAGAAAGGAAAUGUGGAAAAUAACAUAAAUUUCCUUAAUAAGUCAGAGACGGAGAACGAUAAUGAUGAGAAAAGCCUGGUCAUCAAGUACAAAGGCAAGAAAUUCAUGUUAAAGAAAAGUAAUCAUGGCAAGUCAGAAAGAACCGAAUCAGAGUGCCAUUGGUCUAAAUCUGACAAAGUUUUGUGUUCAGUGUUAAACAACCAAAGUAUUGGCACUAGUCCAGCUCAGAGUACGAGACAGGCUCUAAAUGAAGAAGCAGAUGCCCUAGUUCAUUUGGUUACACGUAGUAGUAGGCCUGUAGGUUCAAGCCCUGCUCUCAGUACACGACAAGCUCUCACAGAGAGGAGACAGGAGAGUGUGGAAAGAAGGAAGAAGAGAGUGUAUACACCCAAAACCUUUCCUCGCAAAAAAUCUAAAAAAAUAGUGGACACAAGUGAUUCAUCUGAUUUGUCUGAUAAUUUUGUGUAUGGAACCCCACGUAGAAGUGUAAGGUGCUCCUUAAACACAAAAUUUCAGGACAAUUUUGGUGGCAAUUCAGAGGCUGAUGAAGUGAAGGAAACUUGUUUUGAUUCAUCACCAUCGACCUCAUCUGACACAUCGUUAUCAACCUCCUCUGACCUUAAAUUGCUGUAUUUUGAGAGUGAUGUGGAGGAAGAGGAGGCAGAUAACACAUCAAUGAAAUGUGGACCUGAAGGGGAUACCUACCAGUGUCUCUUGGUUGACUUGGGAGAAGAGGAGAAAACGCAUGACCAAAGUCAGGGCCAUGACUCCUCUUGUAUUGCUCUGUCUGACAUAUCAGAUCAGACGAUGGACGUAGUCGAGAUAGACAGUACUGGUGCAGAAGACUCCUUCACUAGUACCUACAUUAUACAGUCAUUUGGAGGUAACCAUGGUUUCCAGCAACUUAGUAUAUCAGUACCAAGUGUUUGAUUUCAUGCUUCAUAGUUCUUAAGUGUUAGUGCAGUGCUAUUACAUAUUGCCUGUUCAACAUGUACUUGUGUAUACAUUUAUCAUUGUGACCCGGAAUAAAGUGGUUGCAUGUAUGGCUGAUAUUUGUUGAGGAUAUGUAAUAGAUCUUGACUAAUUCCUUAAUUAGAAUUCCUUCAGGUAUGAUUGAGGGAAACCAUGUCAUAUAGUAUGUUGGCUUAUCCAUACCUCUGAUUGAAGUUUAAAGUGAUCAUCACAUGAAUGACAUCCUGUUAUAACUUUGACUUCCUUUGUUCUCUUUAUAAAAAAAAUUGAGGGAGUGGGGAGAGGAAACCUCACACUGUAAGUUAAAUUUAUUUUGUGGUUCACAAGGAAUCAAACGUUUUCCAUUUACCAGGUAAUACAGGUGAUGGUUUGUAGGUUUAUACUCCUUCAUCAACAGUAAGGAUGCUGUUAAUUAUUAGGUACAUCAAAACUCCUACCUGGUACCUAGAAAUUGUAAUCAUGUUUUCUGGUCCUGAUGUUUAGAAAUGUUUGCCUCUGUGGAUUUCUAGAUAUGUCGUACGUAUCAGUACUUGAUGGAUUUCUGUCUUUGUGGAUAUGUUGUAUGUAUCAGUACUUGAUAGAUUUCUGUCUUUGUGGAUAUGUUGUACGUAUCAGUACUUGAUGGAUUUCUGUCUUUGUGGGUAUGUUGAACGUAUCAGUACUUGAUGGAUUUCUGUCUUUGUGGGUAUGUUGUAUGUAUCAGUACCUGAUGGAUUUCAGUCUUUGUGGAUAUGUUGUACGUAUCAGUACUUGACGGAUUUCUGUCUGGGUAUGUUGAACAUAUCAGUACUUGAUGGAUUUCUGUUUUUGUGGGUAUGUUGUAUGUAUCAGUACCUGAUUGAUUUCAGUCUUUGUGGAUAUGUUGUACGUAUCUGUACUUGAUGGAUUUCUGUCUGGGUAUGUUGUACAUAUCAGUACUUGACGGAUUUCUGUAUGGGUAUGUUGUACGUAUCAGUACUUGAUGGAUUUCUGUCUUUGUGGGUAUGUUGUACAUAUCAGUACUUGACAGAUUUCUGUCUGGAUAUGUUGUACAUAUCAGUACUUGACAGAUUUCUGUCUGGAUAUGUUGUAUGUAUCAGUACUUGAUGGAUUUCUGUCUUUGUGGAUAUGUUGUUCAUAUCAGUACUUGAUGGAUUUCUGUCUUUGUGGAUAUGUUGUACGUAUCAGUACUUGAUGGAUUUCUGUCU